UAUCGGAAAGCUGCCUCACUGCACUUGUUCUGCCAUGCGCCCAUAGAGUGCGAACAACCAGAACGAAUCCUCGGAGCCACAGACAAGAGACUUCAGAAAUAUCGAGUUGAAUGCACAGAAAAAGUCAGUUUAUUUGUCUUGACUACGACGACCAGCGCCAUGGAUGUUAAUACAAUCGACCAAUUUACCAGAGAAUCAUUAUCUGUGCUCAUCACACACAAGGGUCUUGAACAGCUUCUUCAACUCUGUCAGGCAUGUUCCAGCAUAGGGAGGAAGUCAUCAUCUUCUCAAUGUCCUUUGUACGGAGCAUCCACCAACAAAGGACGAGCAGAUCUUUCUCUGUCGCUUGCCCGGUGCUACGCUACAGUUAUUAUUAUUCGACCAGAAUCGAGCGAGGAACUAUCUAUCGCCGUCUUGAGAGUUAGCGGUGACACCCAGAAAAGUUCGCAGGAUCAGUCAAUUGGUUAG